GGUCAAUGGUAUAAGAGAAGGGUUUAAGCAAAAAGGUUGGGUGGUUUUCAGAGGGUUUUGGCGAUCACGCUUUGUUGAUAGAUAGAUAAAGGAGAGAGAAAGAGAGGAGAGAGAAAGAGAAUUUUAAAGAAAAAAAAUAAUAUUUUUUUUUAAUUUUGAGAGAAAAAGUGUAAAUCAUGGAUAGAAAUUGGAAAACGUGAAGAAUUUCUAUAUGAUUUGUUGUUUUGGGUAUUGAGAAAAUUCAUUGAAAUCUCCGAAAUUUUUACAAAUCUUACACACCCACCUAAAGUUUCUGGGUAUUGCAGCAAAUUAAGGAAUUUGAAGUUUGUAAGAUCUGUACGUGAAGUUGUUCGUGCUGAUAGUAGUUUCUAAUUGAAGACUUCUUGGGUAUGUUCUCCUCGAUAUGUUGCAGAAGAGGUUAGAUUAUGGAUUCAGUGGAUAUCAGGUGCCGUUUGUUCCUAGAGCUGCGAGGUCUAGGAGGAGAGGCCGCAUUCAAGAGAAAGCUGUGGACAAUCAACUGUGUGCAUUUGAUUUAUUGGCUGCUGUAGCUGGGAAAUUACUUGAGGGAGAAUGUUCUCAGAACACCUCAACUGAAAAAGACCAGACGUGCAAUAUUCAAGAUGUUGUCAUGGAGGAGCAAGACGAGGUUAAUCUAUUAUUGAAAGCUGAGCAUUGCGAUGAAGGGAGCAUUGAAAUUGCAACCCUGAAUUUGGAUCUUGGAUUACAAACUCAGGACAAAGAUUGCUAUGUCAAAGAAACUUUAGGUCCUCAGAAUGAUCCUCCUUCACCCCCGGCUUCGGUGAUCACAUCAUCUCAUCACACGGACAAGGAUGAUUCUCUUGUUAAGAUGGAUAUGAAUGAUGAUAAAAGUGAUUUCUGCAGUCAUUUCAGGAAUUCAGAGGUUGCUCAUGGUCAUAGAGAUUCAUGUAUUCCUAAAGUGAAUGAAUCUUCAGAACUGUAUGAUGGCAAAGGAGCGAUAUUAUCUGGAAAUGAGCUUGAUAUGCACAGUUCAGAGGAUCCUGAGUAUUUCAACAGGAAGGCUCCAACAGUUGCCAGCUCAGAUUGUAGUAUUAAACUGUCUUUGGGCACGGAUCACUUUCCAUGUGCUUCACUUUCCCCUUUCAGGAAUAAUAAUGUAAAUGUAGUUAGUAGAGAUGAUGACGAAAACUCUUCCGAGUGUACUCAGCCUAGCGCACUGAAAGUCGCUAGGUUUCCUACACGUAUAGGUGACCGGAGAAUCCGGAAGCUGCUGGCAUCCAAGUAUAGGAGAGCAGCUAUUAAAGCAAAGGACGGAGAUCACUCUGAUACUGAAUUACGCUGUAUACAUCGCAGCAGGAGAACUGGUUAUAAGCGCCAGAGAUCACGGAGGAUAUAUCCUUUCAAGAAAAGGAAGUUUUAUCACUAUAGCUCAUUAUCAAAUUCUGAUGGUAGUACUGGAUGUAAAGGUGUAUAUAGUUCUCCAGUUAGGGCCAUUGGUCAAACUGUUUCUGCUUUCAGUGCAGUCAGGCAUAGAGUCAAUGGAUCAUCAUCAAGCGUUGCUGGUCAGAGCACAACCUUUGCGACCAGGGAAUCCCACGUGAAGCUUAGGAUCAAGUCUUUUCGAGUGCCGGAGCUUUUUAUUGAUUUGCCAGAGACAGCUACCAUUGGUUCUCUUAAGAGAACAGUGCUGGAAGCUGUGACCGCCUUACUUGGAGGAGAACUUCGUGUUGGGGUGCGCCUUCAAGGAAAAAAGAUCAGAGACGAUAACAGAACUCUAUUGCAGUCUGGUAUUUGUCAUGAUGAUAAGGUAGAAUCUUUGGGUUUCACCUUGGAGCCCAACCCUUCACAUGUCAGUGCACCUGUGAGUUCUGAGGAUGAUUCUCUCAUGUUCUCUACUGAUGUGCCUCAGCCACUGUCAAGGUGUCCUACUACGAGUGCAAAUCAUGAGGGAGCUUCUCAUGAUCAUUUGGUGACCAAUAUGGGCAAUUUAGUAGAAAGUGAUCAUGAUUCAGCACCUUCACCUGCCGAAUUUACAGAAGAGAAAGGUGUAAUUGAUUCCCGUGCUUUAGUUGCUCUCCCUGAGGGUACUCCACAGGCAUUAUCUGUGGUUCCAGCACAUCAAAGAUCUAAGCGAUCUGAGAUGGCACAACGUAGAAUUCGUCGACCUUUCUCUGUGUCCGAAGUUGAGGCUCUAGUCCAAGCAGUUGAGAAGCUCGGCACCGGAAGGUGGCGGGAUGUUAAGCUACGUGCUUUUGAUAAUGUGAAGCAUCGAACCUAUGUCGAUCUGAAGGAUAAGUGGAAAACAUUGGUGCACACGGCAAGAAUAUCCCCUCAACAAAGGAGGGGAGAGCCUGUUCCUCAGGAGCUGCUGGACAGGGUGUUAUCUGCCCAUUCUUACUGGUCACAGCAGCAAGCUAAGCAACAGCUCAAACAACAAUCAUCCGACUCGUGCCUUCUUCUUUGAAAUCUAUUCAAGAGCAUAGGAGAGCUACGUUGGAUGAAAAAUGUGGAUUAUUAUAUAUAUUAUAUAUAUAUAGAACAAACAUAUAUUCGGGUUUAGAUAUGGUAUGUCCAGAUUUUAAUUUCUUGCUGACAUUAUGUUUACGAUGAUGAUGAUGAUGAUGAUGAUGAUGAUAACGAUGAAUGGUUGUGAUGUAAAAAAGUAGUGACAUGGAGAGGAGUGUAAUUGGAGUUGAAGGUGUUUCUUAGGAAUUCAUGUAACAGAUCUAUGGCUCAUUUGCCGCGAUUUCAUCUUUUGCCUGUUUGGGUGAAGGCGAAUUGCUUGGCGCUUGUAAAUGGUUGAUGGAAUAAGGGCUUUUGCUAACGGAGUUCGUUUGGCACUCCAUUUCCUCACCUCUGUUCUUAAUUUGGAGGUUUUUUUUUCUCCUUCUGUUAAUUUUCUAGGGAAACAGGGAUAGUUUGGUUAUAGGAGUAGUUUUAAGAUGAUUCACUUUUUAGAUGUUUUAACUGAUUGUGGAGUUCUUAAUGUACCUGUUUCUUCAUUGUUGCAUUUGGCUGGUAUAUUCUCAAGGUUUAUUUCACAUGUAAGGUUGAUGUAAUUGAAUAUUUAAGUUGAAAUGUAAUUGAUUUCAUUUCUUA